CUUCCAUUGUCCUGUACGUAUACUCGUUAUCUGAUCCUAUCUUAGUUUUCGCGCUCAUACAGAUGACGACUUCCUAUCCAAGCACCUCGGUGGAAGCGAGAGAAGAAGUGGGCAAGAGCGUAUGCGUGCUCUCAUACAAGUCAUUGGAGAUUGACGAGAUCAUAAAAUCAGUCAGCGAUGAUGGUGCAGGGGCAACAGCACUCUUCAUCGGCACGACUCGAAAUUCAUAUCAAGGAAAGGUCGUAACACGUCUAGAAUACCAGGCAUACAGCAAGUUAGCCAUCAAAACCAUGACAGACAUCAUCCGAACAGCACAUCAAUCAGUCACACGUUCCACCCACCAUCCAGCGCCCGCCGCAGUACCCUCCAUCAUUUCCUGCGCUGUGCACCAUCGGCUGGGGACGGUGCCGGUAGGAGAACCCUCGAUCGUGAUAGCCGUAUCUUCACCGCAUCGGAAGGAGGCAUUCGUUGCAUGUGAGCAGAUCCUGGAGGAAGUGAAGCAGAAAGUGCAGAUAUGGAAGAGGGAGUACUACGAGGGCGAAAAGGAGGAGGAGGCGGAAUGGAAGGCGAAUAGCGGCUAGAAAGGUGUGAUGCCGGUCUAAGUACAGCAUAGGGCAGCAUAGGGUUCUCCGGACAUCGGACAACAGAACUAAUCAAUCUUCCACUUUGCCGAAUCAUCGUCCCCAUCAGGGCUGACCACAAGUUCCACAGCCCACAGGAACAGAGUAAACAUGAUGUUCGCCCACCGCCACCAGACUUGUGAAGAAGGAUCAAGAA